UCCAAAUUUGUAGAGAACAGAUUGCAACUAGAUAAGAACAAGCAUAAAAGGUCCUCCCAAGUGAGACUUGUCAUGACGCUGCUGCCUCUCACAUUCACCAUGCUGAAGAUUGUACUGAUUGCAUCCGUUCUGUACCUGGCCCAGGCCCAGAAUACCGACCAUACUCACCCUACCCACCCUACCCAUCCGCCCAACCACCAAGGAUCACCUCCCCCCCACGGGGUGUUUGGCUUCCACUACGAAAGAGAUGCUGGCGAGAUGGUGAUGGUAUCCCAAUCUCACUGUUAUCUAAUGGCACUUUCCGACGCCCAGAAGAUGAACCUUCACGACCCUGUUAAGAUUGAGGCACUUGAGUUCCAACUUGUUGCUCUUGCAUCCGACACCACGAAGCAGACAGUCCUGACAGGAACCCAAAGCCCAGGCAAUUGGAUCACAGGACAUUGUCAUAACAAGAUCGUGGUGCAGGUUGCAGCCUAAUGCAUCACAUAUAUAUGUUAUGUGUGGUUGUUUUAUGCCAUUCAUCAAUAAAUAAGUUCUUCCUUAA